AUGCCUAUAUGGCAGCGUUUCAAUGUUGCACUGACAAGAGCCAGAUCUCUCCUAAUUGUUAUUGGCAAUCCAUUAGUACUUGAGAAAGACGUAAACUGGAAACGAUUCCUGGACUACUGUGAUGGGAAUGGCGGAUUCAAAGGGCAGCAUGGAAAAUUAAAACCAGAUAGUACCACAGGGGAAAGCAAUUCUGGCGAUAUCGGAGAUGUCUACAACAGGCUUGCCAGUAUGCGGCUACAAAGUGAAGACCCAGAGUGGGAGAUACGUGACUAGGAGAGCGCAACUUUGUAGCAUAUUCAUAACUGCAGAUUUUUAGCUCACCAGAGCACAAAGUGCUCAAGGUGAGCUAUUGUGACCGGUCAUUGUACGGCGUCCAGCGUCCGUCGUGCGUCAACAUUUGCCUUGUGAAGACUCUAGAGGACACAUUUGUGAUGUAAUCUUUAUGAAACAUGGUCAGAAUGUGCGUCGUGAUGAUCUCUAGGUCAGAUUCAAAACUGGGUCAUGUGGGUCAAAACUAGGUCAGUAGGUCAGAUCAAAGGAAAAGCUUGUGAACACUCUAGAGACCACAUUUGUGACCCAGUCUUUAUGAAACUUGGUCAGAAUGUUAGUCUUGAUGAUUUCUAGGUCAAGUUUGAAACUGGGUCAUGGGGGGGGGGGGGGGGGCAAAAACUCGGUCAGUAGGUCAGAUCAAAGGAAAAGUUUGUGAACACUCUAGAGACCACAUUUUUGACCCAAUCUUUAUGAAACAUGGUCAGAAUGUAAUUCUUGAUGAUCUCUAGGUCAAGUUCAAAACUGGGUCAUGUUGGGUUAAAAACUAGGUCAGUAGGUCAGAUCAAAGGAAAAGCUUGUGAACACUCUAGAGAUAACAUUUGUGACCCAAUCUUUAUGAAACUUGGUCAGAAUGUUAGUCUUGAUGAUUUCUAGGUCAAGUUGGAAACUGGGUCAUGUGUCAAAACCUUGUCAAAGGAAAGCUUGUGGACACUCUAGAAACCACAUUUGUGACCCAAUCUUUAUGAAACUUGGUCAGAAUGUUAUUCUUGAUGAUCUUUAGGUCAAGUUUGAAAACUGGGUCAUGUGGGGUCAAAAACUAGGUCAGUAGAUCAGAUCAAAGGAAUGGCUUGUGAACACUAUAGAGACCACAUUUGUGAACCAGUCUUUAUGAAACUUGGUCAGAAUGUUAAUCUUGAUGAUUUCUAGGCCAGGUUUGAAACUGGGUCAUGUGGGGUCAAAAACUAUGUCAGUAGGUCAGAUCAAAGGAAAAGCUUGUGAACACUCUAGAGACCACAUUUGUGACCCAGUCUUUAUGAAACUUGGUCAGAAUGUUAGUCUUGAUGAUCUCUAGUUCAAAUUUGAAUCUGGAUCAUUUUGAGUGAAAAACUAGGUCAGUAGGUCAGAUAAAUGGAAAAGCUUGUGAACACUCUAGAGACCACAUUUGUGACCCAAUCUUUAUGAAACUUGGUCAGAAUGUUAGUCUUGAUGAUCUCUAGGUCAGGUUUGAAACUGGGUCAUGUUGGGUGAAAAACUAGGUCAUCUGAAUAAAUCAAAGGAAACGUUUGUUAACACUCCAGAGGCCACAGUUGUGACCCAAUAUUUAUGAAAUUUUGUCAGAAAGUUUAUCUUGAUGAUCUCUAGGUCAAGUUUGAAUAUGGGUCAUGUGGGGUCAAAAACUAGGCCACCUGGUCAAGUCAAAGGAAAAGCUUGUGAGCACUCUUAGAGACCACAUUUAUGACCCAGUCUUUACAGUUGUAACUCAAUUUUUAUGAAACUGGGUCAGAAUGUUUGUCUUAAUCAUUUCUAGGUCAAGUUUGAAUCUGGGUCAUGUAGGGUCAAAAACUAGGUCACUAGGCCAGAUCAAAGGAAAAUCUUUUCAACAUUCUAGAGACCACAGUUUAAGUUUGAAACUCAGGAGAAUUAGUCAGAAUGUUUGUUUUGAUAAGCUAUAGGUCAAGUUCGAAUCUGGGUCAUGUGGGGUCAAAAACUAGGUCACCCAGUCAAAUCAAAGGAAAAGCUUGUAA